CAUGAUAUAUCCAAGUUCGUUUCAACUGAGUGAAGAGCGUGCGUUGAAGAAGCAGCAGCAGUAGUAGCCGAAGUAGAAAUGGGAGAAGAGAGAGAAGAUCCGCAGAAGCUGAAGCGAAUAGCGGCGAAUUCCUACGACUACGACAACGACUCUCGAUGGCCCGAUUACUGGAACAACGUUCUCAUCCCUCCACACUUGUCCUCGCGCAACGACGUCGUUUCGCACUACAAGCACAAGUUCUACCAGCGCUACAUCGAUCCUGAUCUUGUGGUGGAACCAAUAUCUGUUGGUGGCAGUUCGUCACAGCCGGCGCGUUCAUCAGCAACAUCGUCAUCACCGCCCUCGACAAAUAAUCAAACUCGUGCAAGAAGUUCUGGAACAACUAAUAGAACAUCAGGGACAUCCACAACUGCAGGUCCUAAUCCAACACCUUUGCGUUGGGAUCGGCAGACAGUUCUAUUUUCAGUCAAUGCUUGGGUAUUUGUUGUGGCUUUCCUUGCAGCCAUUCCACUGGUACCGCCACAUCUAUCUCAUAGGGCUUAUCGCCUUUCUUUUAUGGGCACUACUUGCUCUUCUUUGUACUCAUUGUACUCACAAUAUGGGAAGCCAAGAGCAUGGAAUUUGCAGGCCUUGCAAGUUUACUUUCAAUCUCUAAUUGCUUCAAAAGAUUUUAUAUACUUCAUCUACUGCCUCACAUUUGUUACAUCUCAUCUUUGCCUUAAAUUUGCUUUGAUCCCUAUCUUAUGUUGGUCGUUUGAACAUGUUGCCAAGUUCCUUAGACGUAAUUUCAGUCGCUCUACCUUGUACAGGAAGUACUUGGAAGAGCCUUGUGUUUGGGUGGAGUCAAACAAUACUACCCUCAAUAUACUGACAUCACAUGCCGAGAUUGGACUUGGAUUCCUGCUGAUCAUCUCAUUGUUCUCGUGGCAGCGCAACAUAAUACAAGCAUUCAUGUACUGGCAGCUUUUGAAGCUCAUGUAUCAUGUUCCCGUUACUGCGGCUUACCAUCAAAGUGUUUGGGCACAAAUCGGGGGGAUGGUUAAUCCACUCGUCCAACGCCACGCACCAUUCUUGAAAACUCCAAUAUCUGCAAUUCAAAGAUGGUGGCUAAGGUAGAAGCUUGGCAAAAUGAUUUCAUAUGAACACCUAGUAGACAUUUUUUGUUCUUCUAUCUUCAAAAACAGAUUGAUUUCACAUCAAGUGUCCAGUUGGUCAUAUUACAGAGAACUGAAGGAGGUUUUGGUUUGAAUAAUUCUCUAACCGUGAAUGUUAGUUUGAUCGAGUAGUGUGUUCAUUUACAUUUUAUAGUAUUAUUGGUAUUGAUCCAUGCCUAAGCAUGUAGUUGUUAAUUGAUUACUUGUUAGAAUUUA